AAUAUUUAGAUAUAUUUAUUAUUUAUUUAUGUACAUAUUUCUAAUUAUCCUGUAAUCAAUAUGUUUUUGUUGUUAACAAUUUCUAUCAGUUGUAUCUAUUUAAACUUAAAAUUUGUAAAUUGUUAUAUCUUAUAAUAUUCGAUUCGAGUUGGAAUUUGCUGCAUACGGCAUACCUGGUAACUAUACAUUAUACAACUACAUUAGAAUGGCAAUGGAACAAUUAGAAGUAUUUCCAUUACACCGAAAUAAACACUUCAUCAAACAAUGUUGUGCUUUAAUUAAUUCAGAAUGGUCACGCAGUGAAGUGGCCAGGUUACACAGUUUAGAGGCAUCUUGUGAUACUUUGCCUACAUCUUUGGUAUUGGUAAAAACAGAAGAAGAUAAUUCCAAGAAAGUUAUAGGACAUUCAAAAAUUACUCCAAUACCAUCUAUUCCUGAUGGUGGUUUCAUCGAAACAGUGAUCAUAGUAAAUCAUCACCGAGGACAAGGACUAGGAAAAUAUCUUAUGUACAAGACUGAAGAAUACAUAAAAACAUUGGGUUUAAAUGUUGCAUAUUUGUCUACAAUAGACAAACAAGAGUUUUACUCAAAACUUGGAUAUAUUCCAUGUCAGCCAAUUUCAAUUUAUGGUGGCGGUUUGAGUAGCAUCAAUAAAUCAAAAGUGGUUUCUGUGAUUGUGCCAUCAAGAAAAACAUUCAUGAAAAAACAAUUGAAAUGAAACCAUUUUUAAGUUUAUUAUUGUUCAUAUUUUAAACUGUAAACGAGAAAUACAUAUCCCUGAUAGAAUUGUGUAUUUAUCGCACAUUUAACACCGUUAACACUUCCUAACAGCUUUAAGUUUAAUAUCARCUCUAAUAUUAAUUAAUUUAUGUAUAUAUUGUUGGGUAGUAACAUAACACAAGUCACAAAUCACAAAUUACUGUAACAAAACUGUUUUUGCAGUAACUCUUAGAGUUCGGAUCGAUGGCUUGGCAAUAUACCUAGCACCUGCAAUAUUUUAAAUGAGUGGGAGAGCACUAAAUCAAUACAUUUUUGAGAAUAAAAGGUACGCAAAAUUGUAAACUUACCUGAAGUGUUCUAUUGCUUGGCCCGACUCUAGUAACUCUGUAGUCUGUAAUGAUUUCGUUAUAUUUUAUUUAAAUUGAUGCGAUUGUAGUGAAAUAACUUUAUAAAACUAAUGCCUAUGGAAUAAUGUGUUAUUUUCCACAUGAUUAAAAUAUGUUAUGAAUGUAAAAUGUAUGACAAAAUCUAAGUGCUAGGACAUAUGAGAAGAAUUAAAAAUCAAAAUUUAAUUUGUUUAUGAUUCUAAAAGCUUUAAAUAAUAAUCAACAAUAUUAUUAAAGAUUCCAAUAAUUAAUGCUUAUACAUUUUGUUCAUGUAAUAAUGUACCUUCAUCAUAAAUGAUGUAUUUAUACUUAUAAACUAUAAUGUAUAAUGUAUAACAUUAUGCUAUUACU